GCAGGACAAUAAACCUUUCGGGGGCACUGAGUAAUGUAGCCAUUUCUGAGCGGGCAGCAGGGAAAAUGUGAGACAAUUCGCUGCUGCUGGAAGGAGGUCAGCUGAGGCUGUAUUCCUGCAAGAGCAGAUUGACUUCACUGCGGUGGACCGGGCAUCAGAACAAGACAAAAUGGACGAUAGUAUGGAGACAAAAUCCAUUCUAGAAGAACUUCUUCUCAAAAGAUCACAGCAAAAGAAGAAAAUGUCACCAAAUAAUUACAAGGAGCGGCUUUUUGUUUUGACCAAAACAAACCUCUCCUAUUAUGAAUACGACAAAAUGAAAAGAGGUAGCAGAAAAGGAUCAAUUGAUAUUAAGAACAUCAGAUGUGUGGAGAAAGUCAAUCUGGAGGAGCAGACCCCUGUGGAGAGACAGUACCCAUUUCAGAUUGUCUAUAAAGAUGGGCUUCUCUAUGUCUAUGCAUCAAAUGAAGAGAGCCGAAGUCAAUGGUUGAAAGCAUUACAAAAUGAGAUAAGGGGUAACCCCCACCUGCUGAUCAAGUACCACAGUGGGUUCUUUGUGGACGGGAAGUUCCUGUGCUGCCAACAGAGCUGCAAAGCGGCCCCGGGAUGUACUCUCUGGGAAGCAUAUGCUGAUCUGCACAUUGCAACAAAGGAAGAGAAACUAAGAGUUCCCAUCUUCCCAGACAGAAUGCUGAAGAUUCCUCGAGCAGUUCCUAUUUUCAAAAUGGAUGAACCAUCUUCAAGUACCGUUCUAGUCCAGUAUGACAGUGACUCAAAGAAAAACUAUGAAUCACAGCCAAACGUCAAUAUGCCGUAUGUUCCAAGGGAAGAUUGCCCUGACUGGUGGCAAGUAAGAAAACUGAAAAGCAGUGAAGAUUUUGCAUUCAGCAACCAAAGAGAAAAAAACGUGAAUCACGGAACCUCAAAAAUUUCAUGGGGAUUCACUGAGUCAAGUUCAUCUGAAGAAGAGGAAAACCUGGAUGACUAUGACUGGUUUGCAGGUAACAUCUCCAGGUCACAAGCUGAACAGUUACUGAGACAAAAGGGAAAAGAAGGAGCAUUUAUGGUUAGAAAUUCCAGUCAGGUGGGAAUGUACACAGUGUCUUUAUUUAGUAAGGCUGUGAAUGAUAAGAAAGGAACUGUCAAACAUUACCAUGUGCAUACAAAUGCUGAGAACAAAUUGUACCUGGCAGAAAACUACUGUUUUGAUUCCAUUCCAAAGCUUAUUCACUAUCAUCAACACAAUUCAGCAGGCAUGAUCACACGACUCCGCCACCCCGUGUCAACCAAGGCCAACAAGGUCCCCACCUCCGUGUCUUUAGGAAGUGGAAUCUGGGAACUGAAAAGAGAAGAGAUUACCCUGUUGAAAGAACUGGGAAGUGGACAGUUUGGAGUGGUCCAUUUGGGCAAAUGGAAGGGGCAGUAUGAUGUUGCCAUUAAGAUGAUCAAGGAGGGCUCCAUGUCAGAAGAUGAAUUCUUCCAGGAGGCUCAGACCAUGAUGAAACUCAACCAUCCCAAGUUGGUGAAGUUCUAUGGAGUGUGCUCAAAGAGAUACCCUAUAUAUAUAGUGACUGAAUAUAUAACCAAUGGCUGCUUGCUUAAUUACCUGAAGAGUCACGGAAAAGGACUGGAAACCUACCAGCUCUUAGAAAUGUGCUAUGAUGUUUGUGAAGGCAUGGCCUUCUUGGAGAGCCACCAGUUCAUACAUCGGGACUUGGCUGCUCGAAACUGCUUGGUGGACAGUGAUCUCUCUGUGAAAGUAUCUGACUUUGGAAUGACAAGGUAUGUUCUUGAUGACCAGUAUGUCAGCUCAGUAGGAACCAAGUUUCCCGUCAAGUGGUCAGCCCCAGAAGUGUUUCACUACUUCAAAUACAGCAGCAAGUCAGACGUAUGGGCAUUCGGGAUCCUGAUGUGGGAAGUGUUCAGCCUGGGGAAACAGCCCUACGACUUGUAUGACAACUCCCAAGUGGUUGUGAAGGUCUCCCAGGGCCACAGGCUCUACCGGCCCAAACUGGCAUCGGACACCGUCUACCAGAUCAUGUACAGCUGCUGGCAUGAGCUUCCAGAAAAGCGUCCCACAUUUCAGCAACUUCUGGCUUCCAUUGAACCACUUCGGGAAAAAGACAAGCCUUAAAGAAGAAACUAUUGUAGAUCUGAUAAGAAUGGAUAUAAAUGUUAGCCAACAUCUCCUUUCUUUUUAAAGAACGUAGCAAGGCACAGAAUACCUAAUUUAGUGAGUUCUUCUUAAUGGUAUUCUGUGUGCUGUUUGUCUGUUAUAUUAUCUAGAAAUGAACAAGGUAGGAAAGAAAAGAUUUCCUUGAAAUUUAGGUCAAAUUAAUGAUUUUGUUUAUGCUGCUCUAAAUAUUAUACUUCCAAGCCUAAAGCAGAAGCACAUUUCCUGAUUGCAGUAAAGAAGGCAUAUACCACAUGUAAAGAUUGAAUAGAACUGAAAAAUUAUUGGUUCCAUAUCUGUUCUUUUCUUUAUAUCGUCACUCCCAUGAUAAUUAAAUAUGCUAUUAA